GUGUUCGUGGUGUAUAUAACAAUCGAGCAAUAGACAGUUUUGUGCGCCGUCCAAAGCUGCAUCGAAUGGUAUAUAAGACUUUCCUUCAAAGUUGUUGUGUUCUGAGAAAAUUACGGAAAACGGCUCGCGGAGCUAUUGUUGAAAACUGAUCGAUUUUCUGACACAUAUGAGGUCCGAAGUCCAACGAAGGGUAUAGAACCCCAUAAAAUUGUAUGCUCUUUCAUUCUAGAUACGUUUCGAGACGAUCUGAAAAAGGGCCGAUCCUCGUUCUUAUUGCACCCCGUCCUUUACCAUUGUCGUGGAAUAUUACGAAAACAAGGAUUGAUUAUCAAAGAAUUCAUUUUUGUCCUAUAGCACAUCAACUCCUAUAAGAUAAUUGUACUUUAGUGCGUUAUGAACGUUGUAAUCCGGAUGCCUGUCUUACGGAUUAUGGUUACGACGAUAAAUUGAUAACAUUUAAGACAUUCCGCGGAUAUUAUUAUGAAGCAUCUAAACAACACGUCCAGGACUGCGAAUAAUUGUCAAGAAAAGGUUGUUUUAGUAAUAGUUGAUUACCACUGUAAUGCGUUUUUAAAUUAUUUACAACAGAAUCCUGAAGCCUUUCUUUUUCCACAUAUUUAUACUCCUAGUCAUUUAUAUUGCUCGAACCCGUUGGACUAACCUGGAACGGAAUGAUUUACCGGAUAUUUAUUAUUUCAAUAGCACUCAACGAUUCAUACAUGAGCUUAAUCAACAUAUAACAAUUCUGUAUACACAGAAUCGUUCGGCGCUAAUCGGCUAACAAUAAGGAGUUUGAAUACGGAGAAACUUCAACGAAUGGUCGAAGCUCUAAUUCAUAUACCACAAAAUGAAGAAUCAAAAUUGGAAAUGUUAGAAGAGUGUCGUCUUGAAUAUACGGAUCAACGUGAUAUUGAUAAUUUUGAAAGACAUUACAACACUGCAAUGUCUAGUCAAUGGAUUAGCUCUAAACCGUAUGCUGAUAUGAAACACGUUAGUGUAAUUUAUGAUAAAAGUGAAGUUCUAUUUUCAAUUGGAACGCCAUUUCAAGUUAUCUCAAUCGAACCGUUCGACAAUGACAGAUGA